CUUCUUCUCUUUCGAUCAAAUCUUUUUCAGAUUCAAACCCCAAAAUUGCAGAGCAAAAAUGUCUCGCAGAUCGCUAACUCUCCUCAAGAAUCUAGCUAGAAACGCGAACGGAUCAGGUUUUCAAACCCGAUCCGUGACUUACAUGCCUAGACCCGGUGACGGAGCACCACGCGCAGUAACGCUGAUUCCAGGAGAUGGAAUUGGCCCUCUGGUGACGAACGCCGUGGAACAGGUGAUGGAAGCGAUGCACGCGCCGAUCUUCUUCGAGAAGUACGAUGUUCACGGAGAAAUGAGCCGUGUGCCGCCGGAAGUGAUGGAGUCGAUAAGGAAGAAUAAGGUUUGUUUGAAAGGUGGGCUUAAGACUCCUGUUGGUGGUGGUGUUAGUUCUCUUAACGUCCAGCUUAGGAAAGAGCUUGACCUCUUUGCGUCUCUGGUCAACUGUUUUAAUUUGCCUGGUUUACCUACUCGCCAUGAAAAUGUUGACAUCGUUGUCAUCAGAGAGAACACUGAAGGUGAAUAUGCGGGGCUUGAGCAUGAGGUUGUUCCUGGUGUCGUUGAGAGCCUUAAGGUGAUCACGAAGUUCUGUUCCGAGCGUAUUGCCAAGUAUGCUUUUGAGUAUGCCUACCUGAACAACAGGAAGAAAGUUACAGCGGUGCAUAAGGCUAACAUCAUGAAACUUGCGGACGGUUUGUUCUUGGAAUCUUGUCGGGAGGUUGCUAAAAAGUAUCCGAGCAUCACCUACAAUGAAAUCAUUGUUGAUAACUGCUGUAUGCAACUUGUAGCGAAACCAGAGCAAUUCGAUGUCAUGGUAACGCCCAAUCUCUAUGGGAAUUUAGUUGCAAACACUGCUGCUGGUAUUGCUGGAGGCACAGGAGUCAUGCCUGGAGGAAAUGUUGGGGCUGACCAUGCGGUAUUCGAGCAAGGUGCAUCAGCAGGAAAUGUUGGGAAAGAUAAGAUAGUAUUGGAAAACAAAGCAAACCCAGUGGCAUUGCUUCUCUCAUCAGCGAUGAUGCUAAGACACCUUCAGUUUCCUUCAUUUGCUGACCGGCUUGAAACAGCAGUGAAGAAAGUCAUCGCUGAAGGAAAGUGCCGGACGAAAGAUCUUGACGAGGAAAAGAAGAUGAUGCGGUUCGUAGGCAACAAUGUUGCUAAGAUUUGUCGGUUGCAGAAUCGUAAUAUUUCAUCUGCCACUGUGACUGCCACCAUUGACGAUGCCCCUAAAUAUUUGUGUAGAGCUGUGGUGGUUGGGUAUCAGCACCCGCCUCAAAGUUUCUUCAGGAAACUGAAGAGGCGCAACUCCGAAUCAAGCGAUUGUUGGAUAAACACGAAGCCGGAUUUGAGGCACCCAUGAAAUGAUAUUUUAUGUAGGAGUCUAAAAAACAAAUAUGAUUGGAUUUUGCUACUUUACGAUAAUUAUUAGUAAAUGCAAAUAUUCAAU